AGGCCGCGGCGGGGGCGUCGCCGCCAUGGGGGAGCUGUUCCGCAGCGAGGAGAUGACCCUGGCCCAGCUCUUCCUGCAGUCCGAGGCCGCCUACUGCUGUGUCAGCGAGCUGGGCGAGCUGGGCAAGGUCCAGUUCCGCGACCUCAACCCGGACGUGAACGUCUUCCAGCGCAAGUUCGUCAAUGAAGUGCGGCGCUGCGAGGAGAUGGACCGAAAGCUGCGGUUUGUUGAGAAGGAGAUUAAAAAGGCAAAUAUUCCCAUCAUGGACACUGGUGAAAACCCAGAGGUACCAUUUCCCCGUGACAUGAUUGACCUGGAGGCAAACUUUGAGAAAAUUGAAAAUGAACUUAAAGAAAUCAACACAAACCAGGAAGCUUUGAAGAGAAACUUCUUGGAGUUGACAGAGUUAAAAUUUAUACUGCGCAAAACUCAACAAUUCUUUGAUGAGGCUGAAUUGCAUCAUCAGCAGAUGGCGGAUCCAGACCUGUUGGAGGAAUCCUCUUCACUCCUGGAACCAAGCGAGAUGGGAAGAGGGGCCCCGCUACGGCUCGGGUUUGUGGCCGGUGUGAUCAACCGCGAGCGAAUCCCGACGUUUGAGCGCAUGCUGUGGCGCGUGUGCCGAGGCAACGUGUUCCUGCGUCAAGCAGAAAUUGAAAACCCCCUGGAGGAUCCUGUGACGGGGGAUCAUGUGCACAAGUCUGUCUUUAUCAUCUUUUUCCAAGGUGACCAAUUGAAAAACAGAGUCAAGAAGAUCUGUGAAGGAUUCCGGGCCUCCCUCUACCCCUGCCCAGAAACACCGCAGGAGCGGAAGGAAAUGGCUUCUGGCGUCAACACCAGGAUUGAUGAUCUUCAGAUGGUGCUGAACCAAACGGAAGAUCAUCGCCAAAGGGUCCUGCAAGCAGCUGCUAAAAAUAUCCGGGUGUGGUUCAUCAAAGUGCGCAAAAUGAAGGCCAUCUACCAUACCCUGAAUCUGUGCAACAUUGAUGUGACUCAGAAGUGCCUGAUUGCUGAAGUCUGGUGUCCUGUUGCUGACCUUGAUUCUAUCCAGUUUGCUCUCAGAAGAGGCACUGAACACAGCGGAUCCACUGUGCCAUCUAUUUUAAACAGGAUGCAAACCAAUCAGACCCCACCGACAUACAACAAAACUAACAAGUUUACUUCUGGCUUUCAAAAUAUAGUGGAUGCUUAUGGCAUUGGAACUUACCGCGAGAUAAAUCCAGCACCAUAUACAAUCAUUACCUUCCCAUUUCUGUUUGCUGUGAUGUUUGGAGACUUUGGCCAUGGAAUCCUGAUGACCCUGAUUGCUGUCUGGAUGGUGCUUAGGGAAAGUCGUAUUCUGUCACAGAAAAGUGACAACGAGAUGUUCAACACUGUUUUUAGUGGCCGCUACAUCAUUCUGCUCAUGGGACUGUUCUCCACUUACACGGGCCUCAUCUACAAUGACUGCUUCUCCAAGUCCCUCAACAUGUUUGGUUCAUCGUGGAGCGUCCGACCGAUGUUUGCAAGCAAUUGGUCAGAGGAACUUCUUGAGACUGCCCCUCUGCUGCAGCUGGACCCCGCUGUUCCAGGGGUGUUUGGUGGGCCCUAUCCCUUUGGCAUUGACCCAAUUUGGAAUAUUGCCAGCAAUAAGCUGGCCUUCCUCAAUUCCUUUAAGAUGAAAAUGUCUGUGAUUCUUGGCAUUAUCCACAUGCUCUUUGGUGUCACACUGAGUCUUCUCAAUCAUAUAUACUUCAAGAAGCCAUUGAAUAUCUACCUUGGAUUUAUUCCAGAAAUUAUUUUCAUGUCCUCACUGUUUGGAUACCUUGUUAUUCUUAUUUUCUACAAAUGGACAGCCUAUGAUGCUCACACAUCAAAAGAUGCACCAAGCCUUUUAAUACAUUUUAUCAACAUGUUUCUCUUCUCCUAUAGUGAUACCAGCAUCAAGAUGCUUUAUAAAGGGCAGAAAGGGCUGCAGUGUUUCCUUGUGGUGGUGGCGUUACUGUGUGUGCCGUGGAUGCUGGUAGCUAAACCCUUGGUCCUUCGCCAUCAGUAUUUAAGGAGAAAGCACUUGGAAGGGCAGCCCGUGGAGGCCCAAGUCAGCACAGUCCCGAGCGAGCAGGCACUAGAGGCAGCAGCGGCUGCAACAGGAACACACAACUUUGGUGGGAUCCGGGUGGGCAAUGGACCAACUGAGGAGGAUGCUGAGAUCAUUCAACAUGACCAGUUAUCUACCCAUUCUGAGGAAGGGGAAGAGCCUACAGAGGAUGAGGUGUUUGACUUUGCUGAUACUGUGGUAUACCAGGCCAUCCACACCAUCGAAUACUGCCUGGGGUGCAUUUCAAACACUGCAUCCUACUUGAGGCUCUGGGCUCUCAGCUUAGCCCAUGCACAGCUCUCGGAGGUGCUGUGGACCAUGGUGAUCCACGUUGGCCUCAGCGUGAGGAGCCUGGGUGGAGGCUUUGGCCUCUUCUUCAUAUUUGCUGCUUUUGCUACCCUGACAGUAGCAAUUCUUCUGGUCAUGGAGGGGCUGUCUGCUUUUCUCCAUGCUCUUCGCUUGCACUGGAUCGAAUUCCAGAACAAGUUCUACACUGGCACUGGAUUCAAGUUUCUCCCGUUCUCGUUCGAGACCAUCCGGGAAGGAAAGUUCGACGACUAGAGCUGCCUCCGGGCGCGCGCUGUUAAACCCCGUGCUCUGUGGUUGGACCCGUCCCCUGCGUCCUGGUUGCAUGAGAUCCUCCUGUAGCCCCAGUAACUUAUUGCAGCCGCCUCGAGUGUUCCCGGGAGCUGCGGCCUCCCUCGGUAACGCAUGACACUGGAUCCAGCUUUUGCUCCCCGAGUUUACCACUAAGUGCAUGAAGUGUUUGGAGUUUUGCGUGUAAUUUCGUGUAGUUGUUGUGUUGUGAAUUCGCUGGCAGCUUUGUGAGAACAAGAGAAAAAGGCAGCUACAGCUGAGGGGGCAUAAAACCAUACAGGGAAAAGGCCUACUGGCUUCCAUUUUCCAUUGGGUAAAGCUGGCUGCUCCAGGGAGAAACUGGUCCUUUUGUUUUUUUUUUAGAUAGUUUUACAUAUUUUGGACCUUGUGUCUGCUUGUAAUUAAGCACAGGGUCAGCAUGGGGCAGCUCGCAGUCCAGCGUGCUCUUCUACCUCCCCACCGUCCACGUGGGCACUGGUUUUAUCAGAGAGAAGCAGCAUCUGGUCCCUGCUGGGCCUGAGCUCUGGCCAGGGCUCGAGCGCUGCGAUGCGGCCACAGCCCAGGCCAGGAGGAGCCAGGGCGCUUGUGUAGCUGGGGUGGAAAAUAAAACACUUCUCUUUGCAAAGGAAACAGAGGAGUGUUCGUAGGUAGCCCCGAGGAAGCCCCUAUGGCACUUCUCACACAGUGGUGAUAUGGAGGAGGGAAGAAUUGAUGCUGCAAACAGUCGUAUUGGGUAUCUAUCACUUGGAGAGGAAAAUUCUUGGUUUUCACGUUUAAAAACACUGAGCUUAUAAAUUCCUGGAGAAGCUGCAGGACCGGAGCAGAGCCCUGCGGUGCACGGAGGUCACUGUGACGGUCACUGUGACGGUUGUCGUGGCCCUUGCGCCCUCCUUGCAGAGCA